CCGCUUGUUCCCUCCUCCAGUUGAUUAUUUUCGUGCUGUCGAGUCAGUCGUAUUCUAUCCGCCGUGGAAGUGAGUUCUAGGGUCUCUGCCUCGCCGGCUUUCCCGUGACCACCAGUGUUUUGGGUGUCGUGUGUUCUGGACUUCAAGCAAUCUAAUCUUGCUCUUUUUUUGGCGCGUGUAGACAUUCUGUCGCUCUGCGAGGCACCAGCAAAUAAUUCUGAAUUAAUAAGUGGAACCUGUGAGACAAUUUGAAUUUUUUUGCGACCGUUAAAAAAAACUUCCCCAGGCUGUGGUGAAAUGGGGGUUUAAGUGGAUGUUUUGGUGGAUGCUGGUAAAAUAGCGUUCAAGAGGAAAGAAGAAGAUAAGAAUAGAUAAGAAUUGUGCAAGUGAGAAUAGAACGAUGCAUAUUAGAGAGUGUUUGAUUGUGCUCGCAAUUGUUGCAACUGGUGUGCAGAAGUGCAAUGCAAUUCCAUCGGACAUCUACAUGAAGAUGUUUGCUGCCCAACCACCUACUGAUCCUUGCUACGAUGAUGACCGUGCGAGGCGGUGUGUGCCGGACUUUGUGAAUGCUGCUUUUGGUACACCAAUGACCGCAUCCAGCACGUGUGGACAGCGAGGUCCGUCACGGUAUUGUGAACUCAGUGAACCCCUUAGUCCAGUAUCCAGCAACAGUGCAACACCUUCGGGGACAACCACAACUUGCCAGAUUUGUGAUGACACCAAUCCCAAACGAAGAUUCCCACCAACUGCCCUAACCGAUCUCAAUAAUCCCAACAACUUAACUUGCUGGCGUUCUGAAUCUCUACCAGCUACACCUCCUGGACAACUCGAUAAUGUUACACUGACUCUCUCCUUGGGGAAAAAAUACGAAUUAACGUACAUCAGCAUCCAAUUUUGCCCGAGAUCUGUUAAACCCGACUCCAUGGCAUUCUACAAGAGUUCUGACUAUGGGAAAACCUGGCAACCCUUUCAGUUUUAUAGUUCACAAUGUCGAAAGGUGUAUGGACGACCAAAUAGAGCAACAAUCACCAAGGUUAAUGAACAAGAGGCCCGAUGCACGGAUGCACAUCGCCAUUCAGGAGAUAGCGUCGGCAAUCAAGGAGCCAGGAUUGCUUUUAGUAUCCUCGAAGGUCGACCAUCAGCAUCAGAUUACGAAUCAUCCCCCGUGCUGCAAGAUUGGGCAACAGCUACCGAUGUUCGGGUGAUUUUCAAUCGCAUCCAAAUGCCCCAAGACAAUGUGGAUGAGUUCCUCCUGAUUGGCCCACAGCAAGUCAGUAAGUUCCGCGAUGAUGUACAUGGAGCCAAUGCCAUAGAAAGUAUUUCCGCAUCAACAUCUACGGCAACAAGCAUUGCAACACACCAUUAUGCCGUGUCAGACUUUGCCGUAGGUGGUCGAUGCAAGUGCAAUGGGCAUGCUUCCAAAUGUCUACCAAUUGCCCGCGAUGGCCAAUUGGCUUGUGACUGCAAGCACAACACCAUGGGACGAGAUUGCGAGCGAUGCAAACCCUUUUACUAUGACAGACCGUGGGGAAGGGCAACACAGCGUGAUGCCAACGAGUGCAAAGAAUGCAACUGCAAUGGGCAUUCCAGGCGGUGUCGCUUCAACAUGGAACUGUUCAAGCUGUCAGGACGUACUUCCGGGGGGGUCUGUAUCAAUUGCCGACACGCGACCACAGGUCGUCACUGUCACUACUGCAAGGAAGGUUUCUACAGGGAUCCCACAAAGCCACUAAAUCAUCGAAAAGUGUGCAAACCGUGCGAUUGCCAUCCUGUGGGAUCAUCCGGAAGGACGUGCAACCACACAUCAGGCCAAUGUCCAUGUAAGGAUGGUGUAACUGGUCUUAGUUGCAAUAGAUGCGCCAAAGGAUACCAACAGAGUCGCUCUCAUAUUGCUCCGUGCGUCAAAAUUGUUCCCAGAAUCAGUGUGAUUCAGCCACAGGUUGCACAAGAGCCGCAGUACGAUCAAGAUGUAUCUGCGUACCGGAAAAGUAGCGAUGGCGAGGAAGAAACAGAAUGUGGAAAAUGCAAAAUUGCAACCAAACACCUGACAAAAAAGAAGUUCUGCCGAAGGGAUUAUGCAAUAAUGGCCAAGGUUGCGGGGAGAGAUGUGGUGAAAGAUGAAAAUGGAAACAAUGAGGACAUGAUUCAGUUUAAUCUUCUUGUACAGGCCGUGUACAAGAAGUCAUCAGGAACAAGUCUACUUGCCGGAGUUAUUCCUGGACUACGAAGAGCAACAAUACCACUUAUUGUGCCAAUGAGGGACUUUGAGUGCAGAUGUCCAAAGCUCAAGAUCAAUAAGACUUAUUUGAUCUUGGGGAAAGACACAGAGAAUCCUCCAGGUGCUCUGGGUGUUGGUCCCAGAUCGAUAAUCAUCGAAUGGCGAGACGACUGGCAUAGACGAAUGCGACGGUUUCAGAGACGCUCCCGAGAUGACUGUGACUAGGAAUUUGUAGUUUUUUACUAGACAACACUAAAAGAAGGAAAAUGUGAAAAAAUUUAAGAACUCAAUUGAGAGUGGGGGAAGUAUUGAGAUUGUGAGUUUGGAAGAUUAUUAAACCUCAGAGCUCCCAAGAGACCUAAAAACCACUUUGCACAAGCGAAUGUUAUUUUCUACUCUAACCUUCACAGCAAAUUGUCGUGAAUGAGGAGAAGAUUUAAAAAAGGAAAUUGAAAGCAAUUCAUUGAAUAUCAUUAAAACACAAUUAACACUACCUAUUUCUCUCAUAAUAAAUUUAAUAUAAAUAUACGCAAACUAUUCAUUGUAAUGUAAUAAUUUAUUUACAACAGGACGAUAACGACAAAUUGUUUAUAGCCAUUUUUUUUACCAUGUAAGUAUUUUACAUUUUGGUACUCCUUAUAAUAACACUCCUAGGGAUAUUACUUUGUAAUUAUAGUUAAUUUAUUAAGAUUAAUUUAAAAAAAAAAGAAAUUAAAGGGAUGAAUAUUCCUACAGCAGUGAAUUUCAGUCGCAAAUGUUGCCAUAAUUUCAUCCAAUUAAAAGCUUUUUAUUAAAGUAUUAAUUAUAAGGUAAAUAAGUACCUAUAUAUACAUACCUAAUUAUUUACCAAUUUUACCUGUACGUUUUGUAAACAAUUUUUUUAGCCACGAAAAGAACAAUUCAUUUUUGCAAAUAUCGAAAUAAGUCACUCUGUACAUAUUACCAGGAUGUUAAUUUUUCUUAUUGAUAAAGAAAAUGCAAAUUUAAAGGAAUAACUUAGAUAAUAUUACUGUAAUUGUAAUAAUUUAAUAAAGUUAAAUAACUGUGUGUGAUUGCUUCAGUGUUGAAUAAAAACAAUUUAACUCAUGAAGACCCCUUCCACGAUAAUUUCUUCAAUGAUUUUUUUUGCAUUGCAAAUUUUCAAAAGUCGGUACGACAGAUCAAAAAAAAAACCUCGUGUAUCUUUAUAAUGAACUUUGACAAAAUAUAACUAAUAAAAAAAUAAUAUACGGAGAAAAUACAUAUAAAUGUAUAUUUAAAAAUUAUCACAUGUACAAUUCGAGAGGAAAAAUUCACUGUAUUUGAUGAAACAAGCACAAAAGAGGCAAAAUAAGAAAUAAGGAUUUCUUGUAGCUCUGCAAGAUCAUCUCCUACAUAAUUAAGCUAAAGUUUAAAUGUUAAGACAGAGUUUCUAAAUAUCACUUUUCAAAAAAAAAUUGCCCAUAGCGAGCAAUCAUAAAUUAGAAAUUUUGAUAAACAUAUCAAAAAAGGAACGUUCGCCCAACACAACGGAGGAUUUGAAAAUAAAAAUCAAAUAAAAUAGAUAUUUUGAUAUUACAAGCAAAGUUAUAAAAAGAAUUUUAAAAAUGGGAAAACAUCAAUAAAAAUUGUAUCAUAUCAACGACAUUAUCAAUUUUUCAAUUUCCAGAUGAUCUUUCAGACCUUUUAGAUGGUUAUUUAUACCCAAAUUUCUCUACCUUUGGUUAGGGGAGGAUGGAGCAAAAUGAUUUCAUAUAUUAAAUUAAAUAAUUUUCACAUAAUAAUCUAACUUAUGGUUUAACUCGAAUUAAAUCUGUUAAACCUCGCUAAGGUAUUUUUUUUUCGUUUAAUUUAUCAAUCAUAUUUCAAAAUUUCAACUAGAAUUUUUGUCUUUUUCCUUUAAUUAAAAAUCGCGAUAUUAUAAACCUUUUUGCUCCUCCCUCCUCCGAAUGACUGGAAUUUUUUGAUACCUCAUAGAAAAAUAAAUUAUUUUAAGGCUAUUAUGCACAUCUUAUAUAUAAUUUUGAAUUAAUAAUCCUUCAAAAUUCUUUAUUAAUCUUUCAUAUCGUUCCCACGGAGAUACAAACAAGGAUAGAUUGCAAAGUUUCACAAUGCAUUUAAAGAAAUAAAACCAGAUGAAAUUGUAUUUACAAUAAAAGAGGCGCAAAACACCGAUUUAAAGGGUAAAAACCAUAAAUUUAGUGAAUGUUGUGAAGAAAUCAGUAUAAAAAGAUGAGAAUGAGAAGUAUUGAUAGAAAGGACAGAAAGAGGAGGAAAUAAAAAUCACAAUAAAAUGAAUUAAAUAACAA